GAAAUUCAACAGUUUGUUUACAGAUGAUUUUACAGUAGGCUAUCUUCCGAAAUGUGGUUAGGAUUUCAACAUAUUGAACGCAGGGGUAAACAUUACUGUCAGGAUCAGCGGAGGUAGCCGCAGAUGCAUGUUGAGGUGCGCCUGCUCCAGGAGUCCACAGAGCAGCUACAGAGACGCUGUGAUGAGGCCCAACUGCUCCUGGAGGAGCAUGAGCACCGCCACAGGAGCACCGUGGAGGCCCUCAAGGAGGAGGAGCUGAAGGAGCUGGACAGGCACCUGGUGGCGGACGGCCUGUGUGCGGAUGCGGACCAGCUGGAGCGGCUGCUGCACCUGUGGAGGCUGCACCUGCGCACCCAGGGCCUCCUCAACACCUCCAGGCUGGAGGCACGCGCCCUGCAGGAGGCCCACGGCAGGGAGGUCCUGCAGGUGAAGGAGAAGUUGGGCUACCUCCAGGCUUUGACAGUAAAGCAGAACUCCAUCAGUAGCAAAGUCCAGGAACAGAACAGGCAGCUACACACCAAACUGGACCAACUGUUGCAAGAAAAAGAGGCCCAGAAGGAGGAGGUGUGUGAGCUGCUGUGCCAGGGCGGCCUGGAGGAGAUGGGAGGCCUGAGCCCCAGCGAGCAGGUGGCCUACCUGCUGGCCGAGAGGGCCUCCCUGCUGGAGAGGCUGCAGGCUGUGGAGGAGGAGGCCACGGUGGAGAAAAGCCCCAUCACCUCCACCACCACCACCCCUGCUGGAUCCACGCUGAGAGUGGACACAGAACACGUGGACGUGGUCAAAGAUGGCGUGGACAAGCUGUCCUUCCACAAGGCGGUGCCAUCUCGAGGCCAGAGCUCCUGGAAGAAGCUCUUAGGACUCCGCAAGGCCGCUCAGAGCAAACAGAAACUAGCAAUCCCCCCCAGUGAUGAGGCUGCUUGUGGUGGUGGUGGCCAUAGUGAUGGUGAGCGUGUGCGUCUGGAGAGGGACCUGGAGGAGGCUUCGUGCCGCCUGGCCAUGGCCCACAAGGAGAUACGCCGCCUCACAGACGAGCUGGAGUCCGCGCACAUGACACAGAGGGCCCACGAGAAGGAGUUGCAGUGUGUGGAGCAGAGAUUUGAACUUCUCAAGCAGGAAAUGGACAAGCUGAGACUCAGUGGUCCUGACUUGGAUGAGUUUCAUAAGACCAGAGAGCUGUGUGAGCACCUGGCCAAAGAGAACCAGCUUCUGAAGGUCCAUAUUGGCCGCAUGGAGAUGGAACGCGAGGAGCUUGUUGCCUUGGCCAAGAAGAUCAAGGAAGACCUAAUGGAAGGGGAUGGAGAUGAGGCAGAGGAUGAUGCCAAAGUCGAAAAGGUUGAGAUUGGCCUUCAGACGGACACUGAUGACACGGAGAAGGCUCACGUGAGGUGUCAGGAGCAGUUGAGGGAGAGAGAUGUUGAGGUGCGCCUGCUCCAGGAGUCCACAGAGCAGCUGCAGAGACGCUGUGAUGAGGCCCAACUGCUCCUGGAGGAGCAUGAGCACCGCCACAGGAGCACCGUGGAGGCCCUCAAGGAGGAGCUGGACUUCCUAAACACGGUGGUGAAGCAACAGGCUGAGGCCAGGCAGCAGGAAAACCAGACCAAGGCCCAGGAGAGUCUUCUGCAGGACAGGGCUGAUGAGGGUGCUGACAUGUCGGCCUUGAUGGAUCAGUACCGUGACCACCUACAGGCUGCUGAGAGAGCGCUGAUGGCAGAGAGAGAGCAGACGGCCAAGCUGCAGCAGCAGCACCAGCAGCAGACUCAAGAGUUGGAGAGAUUGCAGAAACUCUUCAGUCAGGAGAAGAGCCAGAGAAAGCAGGAGGCUGAGGUCAAACGGCAGGAAAACCAGGCCACCAUGGAUGAAUACUUAGCUAUUAUCAAGGCCCAGGAGAGUCUUCUGCAGGAGAGGGCUGAUGAGGGUGCUGACAUGUCGGCCUUGAUGGAUCAGUACCGUGACCACCUACAGGCUGCUGAGAGAGCGCUGAUGGCAGAGAGAGAGCAGACGGCCAAGCUGCAGCAGCAGCACCAGCAGCAGACUCAAGAGCUGGAGAUCCUUCAGGACCAGACCAGGCAACUGCAGGUCGAGGCUAGCCAGCGGGAAAGGCAGAUGGCAGAGCUGCAACAGCAGUAUCAAGCUCAGUCUGAAGCAUUUGAGAUCCUCCAGGGCCAGAGCAGACAGCUGCAGGCAGUGGCCGAGCUGCAUGAAAGUCAGAUGGCCAAGCAGCAGCAGCUGCAGCAGGCUCAGACUGAAGAGAUAGAGAUCCUCCAGGAGCAGACCAGGCAGCUGCAGAGCCUCCUCAGUCAGCAGGAGAGCCACAACAAGCUGGAUGUGGCUAAGCUGCAAGAUCAGUUGGUGCUGGACAAAGAGAAACUCUGUGGCAAGGAGAAAGAGAUGCAGACGCUACAGCAGCAGCUUAAGGAGGCGGCGUGUGAGGUGGACAGGCUGAGGAGGGAGGCCCAGGCCACGGCACACACCCUGGCCAAGCAGCAGGCUGAUGGGGAACAACACCUCCAGCACAGGCAGCAGUGGCAGCAGAGUGUGGAGGUGCUGGAGGGGGAGCUGAGGGGGGUGAGGGAGCAGGAGGCCUCUCUCAGGGAAGCAGCCCUGCACCACCACAAACACAUCCAGCAACUACUGGACCAGCACACACACCAACAGAAGGAGGCCCAUGAGAGAGAGGCCCAGCUGAAAGCAGAGCUGCAGUCCAAGUCUCAGGAUCUGAGCGCUGCAGGAGAGCAGGUGGAGAGCCUCCAGAGGGAGGUGAGGAGUGUGGAAGCAGAGCUGCGGCAGGAGAGGGCUGAGAGCCAGGGGCUGAGGGCGCACGCCCAGGACACGGCCCAACACCUGGCCACACUCACCAGCCAGGCAGAGGAGGACACCAGGCACAGGAAGUUGUGGCUUUGCCGUGAAGACGCGCUUCUUCAGCAGGUGGGUAGUCUUCAGGAGGAGCUGGCGUCACUGCAGCGCUCGGAGCAUCAGCUUCAGCAGCGAGCGCUCAGCCUGGAGGCCCAACUGGCAGCACAGCAAGAGGCACACCAGGACCUCGUCCAGGAACUGCAUGCCAGCUCCCUGCAAGCCAACAGCAGACUGCUGGAUAGUCAAAAUGAGGUCCAAGCUCGCAAAGAUGAGCAGAAACAAACAUUGAUGGAUGUGGACAAACAGCUGAGCAACUACGAGGAGAAAUUAUCCCGACUUCACCAUAAGCUUAGCUCUGCCAAACAGUCCCAUCUGAAGGAGGUUCGACAGCAAGAUGAAAAGGUCCGAGAGCUUCAGAGGCAGUGUGAAUACCUCACCAGCAAAGUGGAGAAGGUGACAGACCUGGUCCACAGCAUGGAGAAGGUCAACAAUGAGCUUCUGAGUGACAAGCGGCAGUGUCAGGCCGAACUGUUUAAGGAGCAGGAAGCCCGCCGUGAGACGGACACCAAGCUUCAGACAUGCACCUGCAGAAUUAAAUGCCUGGAGGAGAUUAUUAACAAAUGGGAAAAUGGAACUCAAGAUAAAAUCCUCUUGAACCUCAUUAAGGAAACCAGAGUUCCAUCUCCAUACCAUAUUUCUAACACAUCACCGCCAGCUGGCAUCCAAAGUGCUUUGGCCAUCCUUGGCCUGUGUGACCAGAGCGUGCAGAAGGCCCACUCCGCUAAGCACCAUGGCAGCGUGAGCUCACCUCUGGUCCUGACCCGCACUGGCGCCUCCGAGAUGGGCUACCUGAACCUGACUCCCCCCGUCAACCCGCUCGACAGCCAGACGCCAGCCAACGAUGGGUCUACAGCAGGAAGCAACAGCACGGUACAGACGGAGGUCAAGAAGUCUUGCCUCACAGAACGCUUCCUGUAAGGCUACAGUGGGCAGCUUCAGCUACAGUGUAGCCCAAUAAUUCACGCCCGUGCAUGGACCAUAAAGAUGGACAUCUAUAUUUAUAUUCAGAUUUUAUUUUCAAUAAAAGAUUAUUUUGACAUUCGUUCCUUGCUUGAUGAUGCAUUGUCACUGUCAUCUGAUCAAGUAGGCAAAAUACCGCAUGCACACACACACACACACACAGCAGCAGCAGCAGCAACAAAGAUGAAGAGAUGGAUAACCUUGUUACAGUUUUCCACUCUACUGGAUUUCAUCCCCCUGCAACUCAAGACCACAAAGUACAGGCUUCACACUCCGUGCAUCAUACAUACAUACAUACAGUACACACAUACAUACAUACAUACAUACAUACAUACAUACAUGAACAAUAUAUACAUAUACGUAUGUCCUGUGUGGGAACAUAUGCCUCUUUUCCACUGCCGUUUUUCUAGUAGGCCUACAGCUCGAAGGGACUCAGCUGCCACUUUUUGCUUUUCGAAUAGGCAUGAC